AUGUACUCUCCAAGGCAUACAUGCUUGAAACUGGAAGUCCCCAACACCACGGAACCCGAACAAACUGAAUCCAUCUUCGUUAAAGGCACAUGGUUCGCCUCUCGCUUCCACCUCUCCAUCACCAACGGCCUCAAUGCUUGGAUUUGCAACGGAUUGGAAGAUGAUGUUAGAGAGAGAUCGUCUCAAUGGGACCAACCUGUGUCGGAAUACAUCGAGUUGGCUGAGCGUUAUCUAGGGUUUCAACAGCCCGGUUCAGUUUAUGGGUUCUCCGAUGCUGGAAAUGGGGAUAGAAGAUUAUCAUGGACAUUUCAUAAAGAAGGGACUAAGCUUGAGUGGCGAUGGAAAUGUCAACUGUCGCCUAACAGGAAGGAAACUACAGCUGGAAUUUUGGACUUUCUUAUGGAUGCAAAUAUCCGACUAAGUGAGGAAGUUGUAAGUAAAGCCCAAUCAUGUGAGAAGCUAAAAGUGGAGGCUGAAAAGUGUUUGGCACAAAGUGAAAGAUUCAGCAACGAGAAGUUUCUUGGCGUUUUGAAUUCAAAAAAAGCAAAACUUAGAGAGCUUCGAGAUAAGCUUUCAAAACAGGAAAGUUCUAGAAAAUUGCCGGAAGAAGAGGAAGAAGAAUCCACCGACAAAACUGAGAUUUAUGGAAGUGAUGAUGAAAAAAGUGAGGAAGAGCCUGCAAAGAAUCUUAUUGGCACUUCAAAGAAUGUUUCAGCAAGUAGGCCUCGCGAUUCUGGGGAUGGCAUGUCAUCUUUCUGCUUCCAGUUUCUUGGCGUUUUGAAUUCAAAAAAAGCAAAACUUAGAGAGCUUCGAGACAAGCUUUCAAAACAGGAAAGUUCUAGAAAAUUGCCGGAAGAAGAGGAAGAAGAAUCCACCGACAAAACUGAGAUUUAUGGAAGUGAUGAUGAAAAAAGUGAGGAAGAGCCUGCAAAGAAUCUUAUUGGCACUUCAAAGAAUGUUUCAGCAAGUAGGCCUCGCGGUCGCUAG